UGAGGAAGCGGCCAAUAGCCAGGCCGGCCCCUCCCGGCUUCCCGCCCCCUCUGCUGGAGGGAGGGCGGAGCAGCAGGAGCCGGGGAGGUCGCGCUGGUUGCUUUUUAGAGGAAAGCCGCAGACGGCUGGAGGCACUUGAGUUGCCAGUGGCUGGGCCCGGUGUUUUUCCUGCAGUUGUCACCCCCCCCCCUUCGUCAAUACCAUCUACCUCAAGACUUCCUGUCUGCCUGAAGGGCAAGGAAAGAGCUGGUUUAAGAGAGAGGGUUUAAAAAAAAAGAUAAGAAGAGGACUCGCAGCUGUGUGGCUGUAAAAGGAACUCCGACGGUGGGGGAAGUUGACUGGCCGGGAACGACCCGCCGCGAACUCUUUUGAGUUGAGUCUUCUUCGUUUCUCGCGCGGGGCUCGUAGGAGGGAGGAGAGGCAUCUUUUUGGAAGAUGCACACGACCCAGAAAGACACCACGUAUACCAAGAUCUUCGUCGGGGGUCUGCCCUACCACACCACCGACUCCAGCCUGCGCAAGUACUUCGAGGUGUUCGGGGAGAUCGAGGAAGCGGUGGUUAUCACCGACAGGCAGACGGGCAAAUCCCGGGGAUACGGAUUUGUAACCAUGGCUGACCGAGCUGCUGCUGAAAGGGCCUGCAAAGAUCCUAACCCAAUCAUUGAUGGCAGAAAGGCUAAUGUGAACCUAGCGUACCUAGGAGCAAAACCAAGAAUAAUGCAGCCAGGUUUUGCCUUUGGUGUUCAGCAGCUCCACCCAGCAUUAAUACAGAGGCCUUUUGGGAUCCCUGCUCACUAUGUAUAUCCACAGGCUUUUGUGCAGCCAGGAGUAGUUAUUCCACAUGUCCAGCCUACAGCAGCUGCUGCCUCCACCACACCUUAUCUUGACUACACUGGAGCUGCGUAUGCUCAGUAUUCAGCUGCUGCUGCUGCCGCCGCCGCAGCAGCCUAUGACCAGUAUCCCUAUGCAGCAUCUCCAGCUGCUGCAGGAUAUGUCACUGCUGGGGGUUAUGGCUAUGCAGUCCAGCAACCAAUCACUGCAGCAGCACCUGGGACAGCUGCAGCAGCUGCUGCUGCUUUUGGUCAAUACCAGCCACAACAGCUGCAAACAGAUCGUAUGCAAUAGCAGUUGGACUUGUGAAGAAGUUCUAUUUCUUAUUCUUCCUAUAUUUUUUACCUUCUAGCCUUCCAAUAGAAAUAGAAGUAAAAGAGGCAAUUAACCUUAACUAAUCCAGCUUUAAGGACAGCUACAGUGCAAUGGUGUAUUAUAAAAACAAAUGCAUCCAUAAAUAAAUGUACAGUAUGCAUCCAUAUCAUGGGUGGUAUUGUGGGGUGGGUAUUGUAAGAGUUUCUAAUAUCAGUCCAAGCAUCAUUCUAUCAUGACAGGAUGGCAGAAGUAACAAAAGAAGCUUAUAUUAAAAAAAAAGAUGCAUUUUACAUUAUCAGGGAAAAAAGUCCAGGUGAGCAAUAUGUAGCCUGUAUCAAGUUGAAGAUGACUAUUAUUUAAAUGUUGAAAGCACUGACUGUCAUUGCUACUUUUUAUUAUGGCCUACAGAACUUUGUUUGAAUGAAUAAGAAAAUGUUUUUCUGACUAUCUCCUAAUGGGCAUCGAACAAACUAAGGAACGUGGCCUUGGGGGAGGGAGAAAAAAAGGUGGACAGGCACCAAAGUUAUUUUCUCAUCUGUCCCCUGUAUGAAUGGGACUAUGGAGCAAGUGAUGUGGAAUUAAUGGGCACAACAGCUGUACAAUCAAUAACAUAGACCGAUCUGGAAAGAACACAUCACGUAUGCUCGUUUGAUGAGCUUGUCACAUUCUAAUCCCUCUCCCCAUCCUGUUUCACUUUUAGGAAACUUUGACUGCUGGUGUCAGCUAUUCUGAUUCUGAAAUAGGAUCAGCUCUUUACUACAACAGCCUUGUCUUUUUAUUUAUUGUAUCUAUUCAUGGCUUGCGAAUAAAGGCAGGAAGAAAUUUGCUGAAUUUAAACCUUUAAGAACUGUGCUAAGGGAAUUUUUUGAAAUGAUUUAUAUACAAUUUAAUACCUAUUUAAAAUAUUUAUUUGAAAAACAGGUCUUUCAUGAGACAGCUUGUUGAGAUUGCAGUUCUUCAAGGGUUAAUGUUAAGUGGGUUAUAUUGUGCCUUAAUUGUAAUGCUAUUUAAAGAUAUAUUUAUUUUGAAAGUUGUACUAUGCUGCGCUCUAAAGAAAACAACUUUAGAUGUGAAACUGUAAAAUUAUGUAUUCAUCUCAUGGUAUAAGUUAUUUAGUAGGUUUAGCUGUAGUAUAUAAAAUAUUAACCUAAUCAACUAAAGAUGCUGACAUGGAUUUAUUUAAAUUCAGUAAGUACACCUUUUAUAAGGGUACUUUUAAUACUUUUGAAAAGGUUUUGAACUUAAAAAUGCUAGUUUCAUGCUUUUCCCUCAAUCACCUUAACCACAAACCUAUUUUCUUGGGGGAAAUUAUUGUUUAUUUUGGUGGAAAUUUUUCCCAAGGAAUUGGGACUUGGUAAAGGAUUGGGUUGUAAAGCUGUAAUAGUCUACACACUUGCUCAGGAGCAAGGCCUCAUUAAUGCAUUAUUGUUGUGGUAAUAGGAACUGCUUCUGCAGUCUGGUCAUACACCUCACCAAUAAUGUCUGCAAAUGGGAACCAUGUACAUCAGAGGAGUGGUGUGGGAGAUAACGAUGUGAAUGUUCCAAUCAUGUGGUUCCUAUUUACAGACAGUACUAGUGCCACAUGGGACUGGACCACAUGGAAACAACUCCUGUGUCACAAAAGAGACUUAAUCCCUACUAGAUAUAUGGAAGAUUGAGUCUGAAGCCCCAUUCAUAAAUGCACUAUGUGGAAAUAAGCUCCCAUAAAAUUACCCACAUAGUGUCCUGAGGGUGAGUUGUCAGUAUUUUCUCCUACAAAAAUUGGUAAUUUUUCACGUUCAUCUCUGUGUAGAACAACUUUUAUUCCUUUGCUAGGAAACGCUGCUUUACAUUGUUCUGUGAAACUGCAAUAACUUGCAUUUUUAUUCUUGACCUAAAAAGGAAUUUAAUAUUUUACACUGUAUUGGAAUCUUUUUAUACUUGAACAAUUUCAUACAAGGGAAGACAGGAUAGCAUUUUUAUGGACUUUAUCCAAUAUCACUGGAUUUAUUUUAAGUAUUUUGAAUACUAGCCAGUGUUAUAUAAGGUAGAUAACAUGACUCUCAUGUCAGUGUUAUUUAUUAUGUAUAUUGCUUUAUAAUGUUUCAGAUCGUCUAAUCUAUACAUCUGUAUUAAAAAAAAACAAUAAAAAUAUUGUUGAAUCCAA